CUGCAGUGCAUCUGCAUCCGAGUUGAGUCAUCUUAAUUGCCACCCUCUGGCUUUCGGAUUAUUAUUUUUCGAUGUUUGUGCAAUGAGCUCCGCUAGGGGGCGUAGCCCUCUGCUCAUUUGUGUGUUAAUUUGGCAAGGCCACAAGACGUAUGAGUGAUGCAUGUUGCGCAUACGCAGCGUGGCCAGUUGUAUAUAGAUCUUAACUGUCAUGUUUUCUAUUGUUUUUGUUUCUUGAAACGACGGCUGUUGGCACGCACAGUGUAAAUUCCUUUUGCCACAUGGCUGGCGUUCUGGUCCGCACAGCUGUGACCAUCCCAAGCAGAAUAAAAACCCACUGACAACCUGCAAGAUUUUUGCCUUUCCAAACAGUUGGCUGGCAAAUGUCAAUGAGCAUUCUCCUUGUUGCCAAAAGAUGUCAAGCAUUUACGCUAAACUUGGCCGCCGAGACAUGCAGUGAGUUUUCCCAAAAAACAUCGAAAAGAAGCAACUGCCCUUUCUGAAAAAGUUAACAAAAGGAGACGGGGCUGAAGCUGGGGCUGGGGCAGAUGGAUUUUUGGAUGUUGCCACCAAGUGGAGCAACUUGUUUUGCGCAAUUUGAAGUCUUUCGGCCGGAGGGUGUCGAUAUUAGUGGUAUUUAUUACCGCUUUGAAUCCAGUUUUGCUGUUUUUCCCAAUCAUUAGGUGAAAGGUCAAAGACUGGACGCCCUGUGAAAGAGCCAAAGAGUCAAACUGUUAGUCAGAUUUAUUGACAUCCGCCUGGGCAGACUUCUCAAUAUGCGAUUCUUGACACCAAGCGCAUUAAAAUGGUUUCCCAAACGUGCAAUUCAAUGGAGAUGAAGCUGAAUGAUGAUGAUGCGCUCGAGCGUUGAGAGUUUCGAUUGGAUUCCAAUUUACGAGCACCACCAGUAGUUCAGCUUGCUAAUUUUUACCCACUAACCGAGGAGAGAUGUGGCUGAGAGCGUUUGUUUAACAAGACAAGGUACAUUGAGUAAACGAGAUGCCGCCGUUGAGACAAUAGUCGAACCUAUGCACCACCUCCACCUCCCUUUUUCGUGCAAUUGUUUUUUUUUUUUUUUGUUUUUGUUGCUUUGCCUCAGCUGGGGGAACACAGCUACAUCCACAUCCAGCACCACCACAGCUGCACACGAUUGCAAUAAAUGCCAUAAAGUAUCAAAAUCUCAGCACUCGCUCAGCACCAAGCGGCUAGCUCCGGCUUCAGGCUGAGACUCAGAUUCAGAUGCAGCUACAGCAACAGCUUUAGCGUUUUGGUUCAUUCCAUUCCAUUUGAUUGCAUUUGGCGCCAAACCAAGUAUAAAAGCUGGAGAACCUGGGCUGCGAUCGGCACACAAGUACCGUGACAUUCGAGGAGCCACAACACGCGGUGGCACUGCAGUAUUCGUGCAACAAAAGGACUCACGUGGAUUACCUUAAUUUAGUGGAUAAAUUGCGUUGAAAGGGCUUGGGUGACAAGGAUUUGUCUAAGAGUCAAGGAUUCUUUACUGCCUUUGACUGGGAUUAUACAAAAGAAAGUUUGAAGAAAUGGCUCUUAAGUGGGCUCUGGUGAUCACGACGUUGGCGCUUGCCCAAGCAGCCAAGCUGGAUAACAAAUACCUGCCACCACCUGCAAGUGCUGCCAGUGCGGGUGGCAGUCCAGGGGCAGGGCUCCAGGGACCAGGAGGUGGCUUCGGCGGCGGUGGAGGACCUGGUGGCGGCGGCGGCGGUGGUGGUGGUUUUGGGGGUGGAAACAACGGAUUGGGUGGCUUCGCAAACGGAAGACCCAUCGCACCUGGCGGUGGUGGUGGUGGCGGUCCACCUGCUCCACGUCCCAGUUCACCGGGUGGUGCUCCUCCAGCAUCAGGCCCACCAAUUCCCAUCCUUUCAUUUGUCAACGAGAACGAUGGCGAUGGCAACUAUCGCUUCAGUUACGAGACCGGAAAUGGCAUCAAAGCACAGGAGGAGGGCACAGUCAAGAACAAAGGAUCCCAGAAUGAAAUUCCAUCCGUGAUGGGAUCCUACUCCUACACAAAUCCGGAGGGUGAACUUGUUGAGAUCAUGUACACGGCAGAUGAGAAUGGUUUUGUGCCCUCGGGCAAUGCCCUGCCUACUCCACCACCCAUUCCGGAAGCGAUAGCCAAGUCUCUGGCGGCUCAGGGUAUUUCUGUGCUGCCCGGCGGUGGUUAUAGUGGAGGUCCAGGAGCAGGUGCAGGUGGCGGCGGAGGCGGUGGCUCAGGAUAUGGUGGCGGAUCUGGAUUUGGAGGUGGUGCUGGCGGAGGUUCCGGUGGAGGUGGCGGAGCAGGUGGUGGCGGCGGAUAUGGGGCAGGAGGCGGCGGUGGUCGCGGCGGAGGACCUGGUGGACCAGGUGCCCCUGGAGGAGGUGGAUUUGGAGGUCAAGGAGGUGGUGGCGGCUAUGGAGGAGCAGGUGGCGGAGCUGGUAGAGGAGGUUCUCCUGGAGGUCCUGGUGCGCCAGGCGGAGGAGGAUAUGGUGGAGCGGGUGGAGCUGGAGGAGCCGGCGGCGGAUAUGGCGGCGGCGGCGAUCGCGGAGGAGGUCCAGGAGCUCCCGGAUCACCAGGAGCAGGAGGAUUUGGUGGUGCUGGUGGAGCUGGCGGAGCAGGCGGUGGUUAUGGAGGUGGUGGCGGCGGUGGCCGCGGAGGCGGUGGUGCACCUGGAGCCCCCGGAUCUCCAGGCGGAGGAGGCUUCGGAGGUCAAGGAGGUGGUGCUGGUUACGGAGGCGUCGGAGGUCGUGGUGGAGCUCCAGGCGGACCCGGACGCCCAGGUGCGCCAGGUGGAGGCGGAUUUGGAGGUCAAGGAGGUGGUGGCGGUUAUGGAGGAGGCGGCGGAGCUGGUCGAGGCGGUUCUCCAGGAGGUCCCGGUGCGCCAGGCGGAGGCGGAUUUGGUGGUGCAGGAGGAGCUGGUGGUGCUGGUGGCGGUUACGGAGGCGGCGGCGGUCGCGGUGGUAGUGGAGCGCCAGGAGGGGGAGGCUUUGGAGGUCAAGGAGGUGGAGGCGGAUUCGGUGGAGGCGCAGGUCGUGGAGGUGCUCCAGGAGCUCCAGGAUCUCCAGGCGGAGGAGGAUUUGGUGGUCAAGGAGGUGCUGGUGGAUUUGGAGGUGCAGGCGGUCGCGGAGGUGCUGGCGGAGCACCCGGAGGUCCAGGAUCUCCAGGCGGACCCGGUUAUGGCGGCGGUGCAGGUGGCCCAGGAGGUGGUGGAGCUCCAGGACGUCCAGGUGCACCGGGUUCUCCAGGACUGCCCGGUGGCAACCAGUAUGUUCCACCCCCAGCUGGUGGCGGUGCACCAGGCUCGCCAGGCAGGCCAGGAUCAGGAUCGCCCGGCGCAGGAUCGCAAUAUAUCCCACCUCCACCGGGAGUGCCGGGUGGUGGACGCGGUAAUGGAGAGUUCAAUCCUCAGACAGGCUAUAGCUAUUAAUGCAAAAAUGCAAUCCCAAAAUGCCAAUCAAAUCUCUCAAAUCGAAGAAAUGUCAUUCUAAUGCAGGCUGCCCUCAAUGUUCUUUCACUAAAAUUAUUAAUUUAUUUAUCUAAGCUUCCACCCCCCUCGUUCUCUUUUGUGACAAUGUGUGUGUGCAACUAUCGAAAUAAAUGAAUCUUGAAAACUUGAAA